AUGGCUCUCUGUUACAUGUCGCUGUGCGAAUGGCAACAAACUCACGAGUGUUUCACUGUCCUUGCGAAUGAAAACAACUGGUCUAAGGCGUUAUAUCAUUAUGCUCGGGCGGCAGCACUGUAUGAGACCGGAAGUCCUGCUGCGCAGGAAGAGGCUAAGGAGAUCAUGGAACGAGUUCCUUCGAUGUCGCAGCGGAUUGCGGGUAAGAGUAUUCCCCUAGAGAAAUUUGCAUCUCGAAAAUCUCGCAAAAUGACACAGUAUGGAUACUUGUUCCAUCCCGCGAUGGAAUUCGCUUACUUAACUCACUGUUACACGACAUCCCCUCCUCGAGCACUCUUCCGUCGCUUUUUACCCAUUAUUGAACAGGAACUCGAACGUCUAACCUCGCAAGUGUCUCCUGUCUUUGAUGAUUUGUGUCUUGCACACUUUCUUCAUGGUGUUAUCCUGCGGAAUCUGGCAUACCCAGAGAAGCAUGUCUACCUUGCAUCUUCGCGCCAAUAUUUAUCAAGAGAAAGAGCUGCUUCAAUGGCUGAGGAUAGUCUGAUGUUUGUCGCAAAAAAAGGGGUACUGUGUGAGUAUGAUCACUACAUGCUUUACUUUUGUCAUUAUGAGCUUGGUCGCUUAUACAUUAGUAUGGGUCGAUAUGCAGAGGCUCGUGAACAGCUUGAUAUGGUUCUUAGCGGCAAGAAUUUGGGUGACCAUGGUCGCAAGGGCAAGUACAGUAUGCAGAACAUGUGUGUUCUACGCUCUAAUGGCGCGUUGGAAAUGCUUCAAUCCAAGUCACAACAAACGUGA